GUGGCUACUUUUCACAGAUAAAAAAAUCCCUCUGUUUUUUACCGCUAUCGAUUGUUUUUAUUUUCUUUCAGAUCUACGAAAAAUACAUAAAUUGUUAACACGAAAUAAAGCUUAUAAGUGUUGUAAGACAUGUCUCAGAACUCUGAAAAACCUUCAACGCAAGAUGUUGUGGAUCCGACGGGUCCUGCGGCAAGAAAAGGAGUCCUUAUAUCAUUUAGGACUGGGAAAACAAUGGAAAUACCCGAGAAAGAUAUUCUUGGCAGAUGCAGGUUUGUUGGUGAAUUUGAAAAACUGAACAGAAUCGGAGAAGGCACAUAUGGAAUAGUGUACAGGGCCAAAGAUAAGUUGAAUGGCAGCAUAGUCGCCUUAAAGAAGGUGAGGAUGGAUGUCGAAAAAGAUGGCUUGCCUUUGAGUGGUCUCCGUGAGAUUCAGGUAUUGAUGGCAUGCAGGCAUGAGAACAUUGUGCAACUGAAAGAGGUUCUAGUUGGGCGUUCUCUUGAGAGCAUCUUUCUAUCAAUGGAAUACUGUGAACAAGACUUAGCCUCAUUGCUGGACAAUAUGACGUCGCCGUUCACAGAGUCUCAAGUAAAGUGCCUGAUGCUUCAAGUGCUCAAAGGCCUUAAGUACCUGCACUCUAACUUCAUAGUGCACAGGGAUUUGAAGGUCUCUAAUUUACUUCUGACGGAUAAAGGAUGUGUGAAAAUUGCGGAUUUCGGCCUCGCACGCUGGCUGGGUGCACCGGCUCGAAGCGCGACUCCUCGCGUCGUCACUCUAUGGUACAGAGCACCCGAGCUCCUAUUACAAUCGCCGAGACAAACCCCAGCACUCGAUAUGUGGGCCGCAGGCUGUAUACUUGGAGAACUGUUGGCUAACAAACCAUUGCUGCCUGGAAGGACUGAAAUUGAACAGUUAGAGCUGAUUGUUGAUUUGCUUGGUACACCAUCAGAUGCGAUCUGGCCAGAGUUCAGUGCAUUGCCUGCUCUGCAGAACUUUACACUGAAACAGCAGCCAUACAACAAUCUCAAGCAACGCUUCCCAUGGCUGUCGGCCGCGGGGCUGCGUCUGCUAAACUUCUUGUUCAUGUAUGACCCCAACAAGCGCGCUACGGCUGAAGAAUGUUUGCAGAGCUCGUACUUUAAGGAACAGCCGCUUCCUUGCGACCCUAAGCUAAUGCCCAGCUUUCCUCAACAUAGAAACAUGAAAGGGCAACAAAAGAGCUCGUCCAACCAGUUGAACAUCCCUCUGUCCAAUUUGAAUACGGGAGCCAACGACCAAACCAACAACUUACCAGCCAUUUCUGACCUGCUAGGGUCGCUAGUCAAGAAACGAAGGCUGGAUUGACGCCCUGAUGAUAAAUGAGUCAGUUAUUAUAGAUAUUUAAGAUAACCAAUAAACUUCGUCGAAAUAAGAAAAAAAA